CCAUUAAUUCCACUCGUAACUCCACUGACUAAUCAGAAACCAAUACAACAUAUAUAUAUAUGAGAGAAAGAGAGAGAGAGAGAGAGAGAGAGAGAGAGAGAGAGACCAAAAAUAAUGGACCAACUAAAGCCAAGCCCAGCAAAUUCAUGCCCACUCACACCUCUAACAUUUCUGGAAAGAGCUGCAAUCGCGUACGGCGAGACCACUUCAAUCAUCUAUAACGACACCACAUACACGUGGUCUCAGACCCACCGUCGAUGCCAGCAAUUGGCCUCCUCCAUCCAAUCACUCGGAAUCGGGAGGGGCCAUGUGGUAUCUGUGGUGGCUCCCAACACCCCCGCCAUGUACGAGCUUCAUUUUGCCGUCCCAAUGACCGGUGCGAUCCUUAACACCAUCAAUACCCGUCUCGACGCCCAUAUGAUCUCUGUGUUCCUCCAACACAGCGAAUCAAAGCUCGUAUUCGUUGAUAAACAAUUUCAAUCCAACGUCAUCCAAGCCAUCAAACGGUUCCCUCUCGAAUCCCAAUCCCCUACCCUCGUCCUCAUCACCGAUAAUGAGGUCUCGAUCUCAUCCAACCCAUCAUCAUCGAUUACAGUAGGCUUUACUCAAAAUUACGAGGACCUUGUUGAGAAAGGAGAUCCGGAGUUCAAGUGGGUCCGUCCCGAAAGCGAGCAGGACCCAAUGACAUUAAACUACACAUCGGGAACAACAUCGUCUCCGAAAGGCGUGGUCCACUCCCACCGUUCGAUUUUCAUCAUCACAAUCAACUCCCUAAUCGACUGGUCCGUACCGAAACGUCCUGUAUACCUGUGGACCCUACCGAUGUUCCACUCCAACGGGUGGAGCUUCUCGUGGGGCAUGGCGGCCGUAGGUGGGACCAACAUCUGCCUCCGCAAAUUCAACGUACCACUUGUCUAUCACUCCAUUUGCGCGCACAACGUGACCCACAUGUGCGGCGCACCUGUGCUCCUCAACAUGCUGUCAAAGUCAAACUCCCCCACGCACCGGUUAAAAACCCCAGUCCACUUCCUGACUGGCGGAGCGCCACCGCCCGCCGCCGUGCUCCUCCGUGUCGAAUCCUUGGGCUUCGUGGUGAGCCACGGGUACGGGUUCACUGAAGCGGCCGGGGUGGUGGUUUCAUGCGCGUGGAAACCGAGCUGGGACAGAUUAAACGCGGAAGAAAGGGCGAGGUUGAAGAGUAGACAAGGGGUGAGGACAAUCGGAGUCACUGAACUGGACGUGGUUGAUACAGAGUCGGGAAAAAGCGUGAGCCGAGACGGAGCGACCGUGGGGGAGGUGGUUCUAAGGGGAGGGUCGGUAAUGCUGGGUUAUUUGAAAGAUCCGGCGGGGACGUCGGAGUGUGUCAAAUCUAACGGGUGGCUGUACACGGGAGACGUGGGAGUUGUUUAUCCGGACGGGUAUUUGGAAAUAAGAGACAGGUUGAAGGAUGUUAUAGUGAGCGGUGGGGAGAAUGUGUGUAGCAUGGAGGUGGAGAGGGUUUUGUAUGGGAACGAGGCGGUGGAGGAGGCGGCGGUGGUGGCACGGCCGGAUGAGUUUUGGGGUGAGACGGUUUGUGCGUUUAUCAGUUUGAAGGGUGGGGUGGGGGUGGGGGUGGAGGAGGGGGAUGUGGUGGGGUUUUGUAGGGAGAGGUUGCCGCAUUAUAUGGUGCCGAAGACGGUGGUGUUUAUGGAUGAGCUGCCGAAGACGUCCACCGGGAAAAUUCAGAAGUUUGCGCUCAGAGAGAUUGCCAAGAGUUCGGGCUCGUUACCACCAUCCAGGGGAACGUAAAUGUGCAAAUCGUACGUAGUGCAACGAGUUUGAAGAAAGGAAAAAAAAUAAAAAAU